AAACAUUUAGAAAAAAAAAAUUAUUUUUUUUAUUUAGCGUCUCCUUUUUAUCCUCUAUAACGCUUUGAUCAUCUGAUCCUGAAGUCUCUCAAAUUGUUCAAUCUAGCAAGAAAAUAAAAAGUUAAAUAUGUUGUUGAACUCAGUGAUGAACCUGCUGGCACCGCCGGCAACGAUGGUGGUAAUGGCCUUCGCAUGGCCGUCGCUUUGUUUCAUUAGCACAUGCGAACGGCUUUAUAACUCUUUUUUCGCCACCGAAGACAUGGAGGACAAAGUCGUCGUCAUCACUGGAGCUUCCUCUGCCAUUGGAGAGCAAAUAGCGUAUGAAUAUGCAAAGAGAAAAGCGAAUUUGGUGUUGGUGGCAAGGAGAGAUCAGAGAUUACAUUCAAUAAGAAGCAAAACCAAACAGAUUGGAGCAAAACAGGUCAUGAUUAUUGCAGCAGAUGUUGUCAAGGAAGACGAAUGCCGUAGAUUUAUCAACGAAGCCUUCAACUAUUACGGGCACGUGGAUCACCUGGUGAAUACGGCGAGUCUAGGACACGAAUUUUACUUCGAGGAUGUGAGUGAUACGACAGUAUUUCCGCGUUUGUUGGAUAUAAACUUUUGGGGAAAUGUUUAUCCGACGUAUGUAGCAUUGCCAUAUCUUCAAAAGAGUAAUGGACGGAUAAUCGUGAAUGCAUCAGUCGAGAGCUGGUUGCCUCUACCGCGAAUGAGCCUUUAUUCUGCUGCGAAAGCGGCUCUGGCUAACUUCUAUGAGACGCUAAGAUUCGAGUUAAAUGGGGAUGUUGGAAUAACAAUAGCAAUUCACGGAUGGAUUGGGAGUGAGAUGAGUAGAGGAAAGUUUAAGCUAGAGGAAGGUAACGGUGGAGAAAUAGAGGAAUUUGCGAAGAUGAUCGUGGAUGGUGCUUGCAGGGGAGACUCGUACGUGAAGUUCCCAAGCUGGUAUGAUGUAUUUCUCCUUUACAGAGCUUUCACACCGAACGUACUCAAAUGGACUUUCCGGUUGCUUCUGUCUACCGAGGCUACACGUCGAAACUAUCGUAUUGAAAAAGAAGCUUCAACGAUCGAGUCAACACCAAGACUUAUGCUUGAAGAAUCUCCUCCUCCAAAGAUUCAGGCGAGCUUGCCUAAGUUUAGUCUCCAAGAGUGGAUUGAAUCCGAGUAAAACUAUAUAUCCACAUUAGACAUGAUAAGCUCUAGAUUAUACCUAAGAUUACAAGCAAAGUUAAAAAACUUAAACAUACUAUAAUACACAAUACGGAUAUCCAACAACUCCUUUGUCAUGUAGCAUUUUGUUUUCUAUUCUUCUU